AUGAGGAGAGAAUUGAAGAAGAAAUUUCUACCAGAAAAUUAUCGACAAGAUUCUUUUCUUAAGUUUCACAAUUUCAAGCAAAAAGAUUUGUCUGUGGAGGAGUAUACAACAGAAUUUGACAAACUCCAAAUGCUCUGCGACAUUGUUGAGUCAGAGGAGCAAACCAUUGCUCGUUAUCUCGGGGGACUUCACUUGGAAAUUGGCAAUAUCGUACAACUCCAGCCCUAUUGGAGUUAUAAUGAUGUGGAGAAAUUGGCCUUGAAAGUUGAGAGGCAUAUUAAAGAGAGACGUGGUAGCACCCCAAGAUUCAGAGUGAAAGAGUUCAAUACCAAUCGAGCGUCAACAUCCAAUACUAAACUUGGCCCCGCUCCAAAAGUAGAUACACCUGUAAAGACAACUCAUAAUCAAGAAGUUCUAGCAAGUUCGAGCCGUCCGAAACAAGGUCGUUGCUUCAAGUGUCAAGGGUAUGGCCAUCAUGCGGUUGAGUGUCGAAAUCGCAAGAUAGUUUCACUUGUAAAACAAGAUGGGGAGGAUGUCGACGAAGACACAAAUCUAAAUUUUGAUGAAGCCCCAAGGUUUGAUGAAGAAAUUACUUACGGUGACAAGGGAGAAAGCCUCGUAAUUCGAAGAAGUUUAAAUGUAGCCUAUGUGGAAGAAGACAAUUGGCUUCGCAAUGACAUCUUUCAUACAAGGUGUACUUCUCAUGGCAAGGUUUGUAAUGUGAUUAUCGAUGGAGGUAGCUGCGAAAAAGUGAUAGUUGCUAUUAUGGUGGAAAAGUUGAAUCUGAAAACGGUAGACCACCCACGACCGUAUAGGCUCUCUUGGCUACGCAAAGGGAAUGAAGUAAAAGUGAAUCAAAGGUGUUUAGUUCAAUUUUCUAUUGGAAAAUUUUAUAAAGAUGAAGUAUGGGGUGAUGUUGUCCCUAUGGAUGCGUGUCAUUUACUACUUGGGAGACCAUGGCAAUAUGACAGGAAAGUUCUACAUGACGGGUUCAAGAACAUUUAUUCUUUUGAAAAGGAUGGUGUUAAAAUAGUUUUGAGCCCUAUGAAGAAAGAGGGCACUCUAAAGCCGAAAAAGGAAGAAGGGAAUAAUUUGUUGACUAAAUAUGAUUUCCUUGUUGAUUUUGAAGAAACUCAAGAAGCUUAUGCAUUGGUGGUAUUACAAGAUAAUGAAGAUAAUGGAGAAAUUCCAUUGGAGCUGCAACCUUUGCUUCAUGAAUUCAGAGAUGUCAUUCCAAAAGAAAUCCCAUGUGGUCUUCCACCGCUGAGAGACAUUCAACAUUGCAUUGAUUUCGUUCUGGGUGCCGCUAUUCCUAAUAAGGCAGCUUAUAGGAUGAACCCUAAAGAAUUUGAAGAGCUUCAGAGACAAGUUGAUGAGCUGCUAAGCAAAGGUUUGAUUAGGGAAAGCAUGAGCCCUUGUGUCGUUCCCGCACUCCUUGUACCAAAGCAAAAGGAAAAAGCAUGGCACAUGUGUACGGAUAGUUGCGCAGUGAACAAAAUAACCAUCAAAUACCAGUUUCCCAUGCCUCGCCUUAAUGAUCUUCUUGAUCAACUUCAUGGUGCCACUAUAUUCUCAAAAAUUGAUUUGCGGAUUGGAUAUCAUCAAACUCGUAUGCGGCUCAGAGAUGAAUGGAAAACUGCAUUCAAAACCAGGGAUAGUCUCUAUGAGUGGAUGGUAAUGCCUUUUGGUUUAUCAAAUGCGCCUAGUACUUUUAUGAGACUCAUGAAUCAUGCCUUUAAAUCUUUCAUUGGUCGAUUUGUGGUUGUAUAUUUUGAUGACAUCCUUAUCUUCAGCAAGGAUCCAGAUACACACAUGGAGCAUCUUUGUCAAGUGUUCAAUGUUCUAAAAGAACAAAAGUUGUAUGCUAAUCUGAAGAAAUGUGAAUUUUUGACCAAUAAACUGGUGUUUCUAGGAUAUGUCAUUUCAGGUGAAGGCAUUAUGGUGGAUCCUACCAAGGUAGAAGGUAUUACAAGUUGGCCAAUCCUGAGUUUGAUUCAAGAAGUACGAAGCUUUCAUGGUUUUGCAUCUUUUUAUCGCAGAUUUAUCAGGGGAUUCAAUACAGUUAUGGCUCCAAUUAUUGAAUGCUUGAAAGGUGGAACUUUCCAUUGGAGUCACGAGGCCCAAAAGAGCUUGGAGCUUAUCAAAAGGAAAAUGACUGAGGCUCCUAUUCUAGUACUUCUUGAUUUUAACAAGGUGUUUGAGGUGGACUGUGAUGCUUCUAAUGUGGGGAUCGGAGCUGUCCUAAGUCAAGAAGGCAAGCCGAUUGUUUUCUUUAGUAAGAAGUUGGCUAAUUCUCGCGCGAGAUAUUCGACGUAUGACAAUGAGUUCUAUGCUAUCAUCAGGGCUCUAGAUCAUUGGCGCCAUUAUCUCUUAUCGAAAGAAUUUAUUUUGUAUUCUAAUCAUGAAGCUUUGAAGUUUAUUAAUGGCCAACACAAGUUAAAUCAAAGACAUGCCCGUUGGGUUGAAUUUCUCCAAGCCUAUACAUUUCAUAUUAAACACAAAUCGGGCAAACAUAACCAGGUGGCUGAUGCAUUAAGUAGAAGGCAUUCUUGCCUGAAUAUCAUGCAAAUGAAAGUACGGGGAUUUGAGAAAUUACAUGAACAAGUGCGAGAACGUAUCAUUAAGAAAAAUGAGAAGUAUCAAAGGCAAGCCAACAAGCACAGAAAGCCUGCUACAUUCAAAGAAGGAGAUUUGGUGUGGGUUCAUCUUCACAAAGAAAGGUUCCCUCGAGGCAAGAAUGGGAAGCUGAAACCACAAGCAGAUGGUCCUUUCAAGGUGCUCCAACGUGUUGGAGACAAUGCUUACAAGAUUGAACUUUCAGGAGGCUAUGGAGUAUCAUCAGCCUUCAAUGUUGUAGACCUUUCUCCUUAUCAUGGCUGA